AUGGCCUCGAAAAUCACCCUGAGACUGGCCAAUAGGUCGCCCAAGCAACCGAUCAAGAAGCUCCCGCCUUCCAUCGAGGUCCCGGCGAACAUCACCAUCGAAGAUAUCAAGGCGCUUAUUGCCCGGAAGACGGGUUUCUCAGACCACAAUCGCAUCGGCCUGUUCGACCCCUCCACCAAGAAGACCCUGAAGAACCGCAAGGCCGAGAUUGGCAAUGAGCAGGCUGUCGUAUCUACUGGGGAGCUCCUGGUCAAGGAUCUCGGCCCGCAAAUCGCCUGGAAGACCGUCUUCCUCUUCGAGUACUUCGGCCCCAUCCUCUUCCACCUCGCCGUCGUAGCGCUGCGGCCCCACCUCUACGCCGGGGCGGCCAGCACCCCGCUCUCGCGCACGCAGCAGCUCGGCCUGGCGCUGUUCGUGGGCCACUUCGUCAAGCGCGAGUACGAGACGCUCUUCGUGCACCGCUUCUCGGCCGCCACCAUGCCGGCCCGCAACAUCUUCAAGAACUGCUUUUUCUACUGGACCUUCAGCGGCGCCCUGUGCGCCUGGGAGAUCUACGCCCCCUGGUCCCGCGCCGCCGCCGCCGACGGGCACGACACCUCGCAGCUCCUCGCCGCCGUGGGGACCGCCAUCUACCUCUUCGGCGAGGUCAGCAACGCCGUCGUCCAUCUUAACCUUGCCGGGUUGCGGUCCCCUGGUGGGACGGAGCGGAAGGUGCCGCGCGGGUACGGCUUCUCGCUGGUCACUUGCCCGAACUACAUGUUCGAGAUUUUGUCGUGGGUCGGCGUUAUUAUUGCCUUGCAGAGCUGGAGUACGGCCGUUUUCAUCUUCUUUGGCGCCGCACAGAUGUAUGUCUGGGCGAAGGGCAAGGAGCGGGCUUAUCGCAAGGAGUUCCCGGAUACGUAUAAGAAGAAGAGGUUCGUUCUUCUGCCUGGGCUUCUCUGA